CAAGAGAGGAGGUUGUUUGACACCGAGGAAUCCUCUUCGCACCCAUAGACGAUCUUCGUGUCCGGAGGGAGCCAGCGUUACCCAGCAACCCGCGGCAACAAAACUACAAAAAAACAACCUCUGCGUCAACGUAAACGCCAGAGUUAGCCAGCGAGCUAAUCAGGGAGCUAACGCAGGUGUGUGAUGAAGCAAAGUCAAGAAAAGUGAGCACUUUCCUCACUUUAGAGGACGAUGGUGAAACAGAGGAUACAGAUAUACGGUCGCAUUAAACCCACGAAGAAAACAACGACUGUGUACUCUGUGGACAAUGAGGAGCAGACAGGUGCCUCUGUGGAGUUUGUGGUGCCCAGGGACCUGGCUGAUGGAUUCGUCAACAACAAGAGGGAGUGCUACAAGUUCAGGUUCCAGAAAGUGUUUGAUCAAGCAGUCGAACAAGAAGAGAUAUUUCAGAACAUUGCCAAACCAGUUGCAGACAGUGUAUUAGCCGGCUACAACGGCACCGUGUUUGCCUACGGUCAGACGGGCAGCGGCAAGACGUUCACCAUCACUGGAGGCGCCGAGCGCUACAGCGAUCGAGGCAUCAUUCCCCGCACCCUGUCCUAUCUGUUCCAAUGCUUCAGCCAGGACAGCAGAGUGGUUUACACCACGAGUAUCUCCUACCUGGAGAUUUACAACGACAUGGGAUACGACCUCCUGGACUCGCGACAUGAAGCCUCUCAGCUGGAAGACCUUCCGAGAGUAACAAUCAUGGAAGAUUCCGACCAAAAUAUCCACCUUCGGAACCUCUCGCUGCAGCAGGCAGGAAACGAGGAAGAGGCUCUGAACCUGCUUUUCCUGGGAGACACCAAUCGUAUGAUCGCAGAGACUCCCAUGAACCAGGCGUCGACGCGCUCCCACUGCAUUUUCACUGUGCACUUGUGCAGACGAGAACCAGGCUCAGCCACAGUGCAGCGCUCCAAGCUCCACCUGGUGGAUCUGGCUGGAUCGGAUCGGGUCAGCAAGACCGGCCUGAAUGGGCUGCAGCUCACUGAGGCCAAGUACAUCAACCUCUCCCUUCACUAUUUGGAGCAGGUGAUCAUCGCUUUGUCAGAGAAGAAUCGCUUGCAUAUUCCUUACAGAAACUCCAUGUUAACGUCCGUGCUUAGGGACAGCCUCGGGGGCAACUGUAUGACCACCAUGAUUGCCACAAUGGCAAUUGAUAAGAGGAACCUCGACGAGUCCAUCUCCACUUGCCGCUUUGCUCAGCGCGUGGCUCUCAUUAAGAACGAGGCAAUGAUAAACGAGGAACUGGAUCCUGCGCUGCUAAUAGCACGUCUGAAAAGGGAGAUUGAGUCUCUGAGGGAAGAGCUGGCCAUGGUGACGGGAGAGCAGCGAGAUGACCAACUCACUGUGGACGAGAUCCAGAAGUUGGAAGAGCUGGUCAAGGCCUUUCUCGAUGACCCUGAUCCUGAUGUGACGUUGUCACUGGGAGCAGACAUGAGGAAAAUCCAGCACUCUUUCUCUCUGCUGAAGAAAAUGAUUCUGAACAAUGAAGCUGGAGAGACUGAAGCAGCAGCAGCAGCAGCAGCAGCAGUGAGUGAAGAAAUGAUUCAACACAACCACCUCGAAGUGUCCAAUUUAAAGGAGAUGCUGACUCAGCGUGAUAAUGAAAUCAGUAUCUUAGUGAAGAUGUUGAAGAGGGAGAAGAAGAAGGCCCAGGAUGUUGCUGCCAGGCUCGCUGACGUCACCAGUGGUCAGAGUGUAGCCGCCCACAGUACGUCACCGACGGAGAGCGACACAGACGACAUCUCCAGCAACCGUGGAAGACGAGUGGUGCAGUACAUGAAAAGAGGUCCACAGCUGUCUAUGGGGAAGCAAGAAGCCUUUGAGACCUUUAUAAGAGACCACGAGGACUAUCUGACCAUCGAGGACAACAAGAACCUACUCAAACAGAGGUCAGCCGAGGCCAGAAGACUUGGAACGCAGCUGACUGAAGGCAGAAAUGUAAUCAAUGAGCUGAAGAAGCAGUUAGAGCUGAGGAGAAGGCAGCGAGCAGCUCAAGGUGUGACGGGGAGUCCCACAGAGGCCGGGGAGGAGGUGGAUGCCCUGCGAGAAGAAAACCUGUGCAAACACAUUUUGCAAGAAAAAGAAACCUACAAGAGCAUCGUUGGCCGUCUCAAAGCCUUGAGGACGGAGAUUGAGCACCUGCAGCUGUUGCUGGAGAGGGUGAAAGUCAAGCUACAGAAGGACUUUCAUAAGUGGUGGAGCCGGGAGGCUUCCAGUGAUCAGGACCCAGAUUCAGCCAGGUGUCGUCACACAGACUCACCACAGGGAACCUUACAGCCGUCUUCACCCGGCACUCCAGGAUUGAGAAGCUUCAGUCCUAAAAACGUUCCUCCCGUAACAGCUGCACCAGCGUGGCACGAUGAUACCUCCAUGCACGGGAGAGCGACUCACUACACGCCGUCAUCUGAGUGGAGGUCCCUGUCGAGCACCGAGCUCUCGUCCUCCUCGAUUCCACUGACUGGACACCAGCAGACGGACGCUGACAUCCUGGCCUUUGUCAGAGCCAGACAAAACCUCCUCAACAGAGCAGACGCUCUUCAUCAGUGACAUGAAGUUCUGAGGAGGAAGGUGAGGCCUGGAGCUCUCGUCUCGUCUGACUGCCAUCAUCUGCCUGUGUGAGUAAUGAUGGACAGUGAUGAUGUGAGAGGAAAUCAUGUCAAAUGACUUGAAAAAUGCCAAAUUUCACAUGGAAAAGAUGCACCACACACACACACACACACACACAUACACAUCCUGUUUUCAUCCUCACACACACGCACACACACACUUAUUGACCAUCUAAAAGUGAUGCCAUUGAUGUAAAGGGCAGCGGCAUAAAUCACGGCACGCGUCGGCCAUUUGUGCUGAACAAAUGUUGUCUCAAGAUAUCAGAGGAACGAGCAGAAAAUAGGAAACCAUCUGUCUCUGAUAUGUGUUUGAGGACGUAAUGAAAGUGUUGUUCAGCGGUGCGAGUGUUUUCAUGUCAUUCAGAGACGGAAGAUGUCUUUGUGCGAUGCUAUAAAUAGCUGUAUUUAAUAUACUGUGUUUGAUAUUGUGUUCACAAAUAUGAACAAAGUAUUCAUAAGAAUAAUAAGAAGAAUAAAGCUGCUUGUUAACAAAGAACUCAACCAUUCUAAUUAGUUUUACUGUGCUUUCUUCACGUUUCCUUUGUUCUUAUUGAAUUCAGCAGAGAACGUUUAUUUCCACACACAUGUUGUGCGGCACGAGUGGAAAAUCUCGGUCACGUGGAAUGGAAAGUUCACAGAACUGGGAAUUUGCAAAUAUAAGUGAAAUGUGUUUGCUGUGGUUUCACUAAUGGAUUUUCAGGAGUUUAAAAUAAUCCGUCUCUGGUCACUUUAGCACUUAGAGACAGUGGGGAGGUGGAGCCUAUCCCAGCAUGCACUGGGCUGAAGUCUGUACCAGUCUUCCUUAAGAUACAUUUGAAAUUCAAAUUGGUUUACAGGCAUCUGUGUGUCUCCUCUGCUGAUCAUUGGCAACAUUAUUACUCACACAAAGUGAAAUCACCACGUUGGAGAAUGAGCGUCAGUGUCAAACAGCUGCACAUGCCGCCUGUGGCCUCUGUGACAAACCUGUUUGCAUGGCUUUGCGUCCAUUUGUUUGUCGGAUGACGAGCAGCUGCACGAUUUGCAUCAAGUCGCUUUGAAGAAACACUCUGUUGUGGACGAGUCGAGCUUAAAUUUAUUUAUCUGAGUCGUUUAUCCUCACCUUAGAUAUUAGCGUUUGACUCGAUGCCUAACUCUGCUCUGCUCUGAGACAACCUUGUACUAAGAGUUCACCUCAUGUCAAGCCUGUGUCUAUUUUGAGCGUGCAUGUAUAUCAUACUAACACACUGAAACCCCAGAGUCUCUCAACUCUCUGGUUUAUGGCUCACAAUCGAGUAGCGCACGUCUCCACAAAGCCAUAAAUGUGCUCGGCUCCCGCCUGCGGUGGAGAAUCUGCGUCGGAUUGUUCUCGCAGAUGUCGCAGAAACUGAGCCUCUCGGUCUAAACUGAUGAGUUUAAGUGUAAUUAAAUUGUCUUAUCGUUAUGAAAUGUGCCGCACAGCAGCUUCUGCUGAGUGCGUCACGAGCUGUGUCGUUUUGCGGUUGCAAGUAAAUUUGAUAUUUGAAUAAAACGAGUCCCGAGGAAAGAGUCGGCAUUUAGUGCUCGGAUGAGCAGCAGCAGCAGCAGCAGCAGCAUCAGUCCGGUAAAACAUUAACUUUUGUUCUGCUGACAAAGAUGCCGCCGCCGCCACUUCCUUAUUAGUGCAAACAGUUGAAUGUGUGUGUGUGUGUGUGU